UAGUAGAAAAUAAUAACGAUAAUAAUUUAUUUAUUACUGAUGAUGAUGUAGAAAUAAUCUCUUCUCUACUUUUAUUAAAAAGAAAAAUUCAUACUGUACCUUCAAAACGACAGAAAAGUAAACACAAACUUACACCAGUAGCAGAAAAUAAUAAUAAUGAUAAUUUGUCUAUUGCUAAUGAUGAUACAGAAAUAAUCUCAUCUACCUCCUCUUCUCCAAAAAGAAAAACUCAUACUGUACCUCCAAAACAAUGGAAAUCGAUUUCA